AUGAUGCGUGAUUCGGAUAUGUGGGAUGACCCAACUAAGUCCAAUGACAUUCUUGUCAAGUUAGCUAACAGUGCCAAAGUCAUUGAUUCUCUAAAGGACUUGAGAUACAAGGUAGAGGAAGCACAGCUCAUAAAGCAGUUGACUGAGAUGAAUGCUAUUGAUUAUGGGCUGUAUAAACAAGCAUAUGACGCUUCUGUAGACGUGGGCAACAUUCUGGAUCACUAUGAGAUAUCCAAGCUUCUUAAGGGUCCAUUUGAUAUGGCAGGAGCAUGUUUGGUAAUAAAAGCUGGACCUGCCGGCAUCUUUCCAAAGCUCUGGCCAGAACAACUCCUACAAAUGUAUCUUGGAUGGGCCAAAAGACAAGGCCGUGAAGGAAGGACUGUUGACAGAUGUCAGAUCGAGAAUGAAGGAAUUGAUUCAGCAACUAUAGAGUUUGAAUUUGAAUAUGCUUAUGGCUAUCUUUUAGGGGAAAAAGGAGUUCACCAUUUGAUAAAGGGUUCUCCAAAUGAAUCUUCUCAUCUUGAGACUAGCUCAGCAACUGUCGAUGUUAUUCUGUUGUUCCUAGAGAAUGCUUGUGAUUUUGAGAUUGAUUCAGUGGAUUUGAUUAUCUCAUCUCCCUCGACUCAUGGAAAACGGAAAAAACAAAUUGAGUGUACCGUUUGCAUUCAGCAUGUACCUACUGGGAUAUGCGUCCAAUCCUCUGGUGAGAGAAGCCAGUUUGCAAAUAAGAUGAAAGCACUAAACAGAUUGAAAGCUAAGCUUGAAGUGAUAGCAAUUGAACAAGGAGUUGAUAGUAUAAAUAGUAUAGUGAAGGAUAAAAUUUUGAAUCUGUGGAAAGAAGAAACUCGGAGGUAUGUAUCGCAUCCGUACAAGUUAGUACAUGAUGUAAAGACUGACAUUGAGAUGAUAGACUUAAAUACUGUUUUGGAUGGGAAUAUCGGACCUUUUGUUGCAGCUCAUAUUAAUACCAGAGAGUAA